CUAAUAAUACUUACCAAUUAGAAUGCUCCUUUAAAUUUUCAAGAAUCAGGGACUAAAUUAAAAGGAUUGUAUAAACAAACAACAAAAAAGAGGAAUAAGUGUCACAAAUAAUAAUAAAUAAUAAUGUUAACCAUAAUCCUUUUAAUAAAAAACUUAUCUUGCUUGUUGAAAGAAGGAAUACAUUUUAUAUAAGGAUCAAUAACCGUUAGGAAAGCAAAGGCGUAUAUCAUAUAAGUGAUCGAUUCUCUUACCACUUCUACCUCUCUCUCUGACUCUUUGUGUGAUACCUGCUGAAAAAUGAGAGCCUCUGCAUUUACCUGUGCUCGGCUCGGCCAAUAGGAGAGAGAGACCUUCCUCGGUGUCCUGUUAAAAGUGAGAAUCCCUCCGGCUGGUGCAUUACCAUCCAUAUCGAUGCCACGUGUUCCAGGAAGUUCUUUACCAAAAAGCACUAUAGGAUGUAAGAAAAAAUCUUGGAAACGGAAGAUUAUUCCUUAUCUAGCAUGCCUCGCUCCAUUUUCGACUAUUUUAGCCAUGCUGUUUAUUUGGAAUCAAGUCGCCGAAUUUAGUUCCAGGAGGCAGGCAUUCGAUGCAAAUUUAACCAGAGAUUACGUGCUGGACCGUGUUUCAAUGGAUAAUCCCCAAUUGGUCGCAUACAUUCGUGAAGUCCAAUUGAAGGUUACAACUAGACAAGAUUCUUUAAAUGUUACACAAACUGAGGAGGAAAAGGCAGUGUCUCAACUUCUUCAGGCGAAACGAGACGGAGUUUAUUUAGAAUAUAUUAAUCGAAUGGGAGCAGCAUCAACAACGACCUGGUUAGAAUCGGCCCUGAAUUGGAGAGGAGUGAUAGUGCUGACGGAUCCUCGAAGUUCCUUUCAUGUUCGAAAGAGCAAGAGAAACCCGAAAACAAGGGUUCUUCACGCCUGUCUUAGCACCGACAAAGACACUAAAGAGAUACCAUAUCAUCAAGAAAGUGAGGUGCAAGUGACAAAAUUGGGCGAGGGGCCAAAUAGUCUCAUCACUCCUGAUGAAAGUUUUCCAACCACGAGACUUAAGUGCUUUCCUUUAUACAGUGUUCUUUUGGCGUAUAACGCCACGCUUAUAGAUUAUCUCAGCUUGGAUAGUUCCGAUGCUCAAGAUGAACAACAGGUGCUGGACACAAUUCCUUGGGAUAAAAUUCGAAUCUCGGUGCUAUCGAUCCACUGGAGUUCACAUCAUGGUGAAGCUGAGACAAAAAGUUUGAUCGAGAAGUUAUCCAGUAGAAGAUAUAAGCUUCACCCAUCUUCAGACAACGGCAAACUAAUAUUCCACUACACCCGACUCUUGAAAAUAUAAUUCUUAUAUUAGUUUUCUUCAACUGCGUGGAAUCCGUGAAUGAUUCUCUUUCUCUUUCUCUUUCUUUUUUCUCUCUCUAGAAAAUUAAGAUUUAUGAUAUUAAUUCUAGUAUUAUAAAAGCAACACAAAUCGAUGAAUUCAAGCACAAAAUUAUUUUUGAGGAUUAUUCAAAAGAAAACUCGAAGAAAACUUUUUAUGUUUUGAAUUCGUCUUUAGUUCUGUAACUCGAGUUAAGAACAAAAAUAAGAAAAAAUUUCGGGGAAAAAAAUGUAAAUUAUUUUAUUAAUAUGAAUAAUAUUAGUAUUAUAAUGAAAAUAACGAAAUAUUAUAAAUAUAAAGAGCGCAUUUUUUUUUGUACACGAAAAAGACGUGCCACGUGUCACGUAGUGAUAACCAGUGAAAAUAAAUUGUAAUAAGGGCCUUACUAGUAAGUAAGAUAUUUUUUUUCUUUUUUUUUUCGUUGGAGAUUUUAUAGUAUUGCGAGUAUAUCUUAAUAAUUAAGUAAUAAUUAACGCCCAAGUAGAGAUACGAAAUAUUCUGUGACUGAUACUUAAACUUCCGUUUAGCUUUAAGUUAGUUAUCAAUUAAAUAGAUUAUUUUCUCGUGGACAAUUGAGAAUCGAUUGUUUAAUAGAAAAAUUUGAAACUAAAUAUUUUAAAUUUAUAAGAGCAAUUAAAGUAGAGUCAUUAACGAUUUAAGUUCGAAUCAUUAUUAAAAUCUUUCGAUAUUUUCCAAAAAGCAAAAAAUUUAAAUAAUUCACUGAAAAAGUUCAUUAAUUAUUCAAACUAUUUAUUAUUUUUCCAAUGUGAAUUUAUUUUAUUUAAAUAAAUAAUUUUUUGUCUGUUUUUAUAUUUAUUGAAAGAAAAUUAGACUAUUUUAUACAAUAAAAUAAAGUUAUUAGAUUUGUAAGUUAAUUUGCAUAAUUAAAUAAUAUAAACAAUUGUAAAAUUGCGUGAUUCAUACAAUUGAAAUGAGAUUUUCGUUUAAUUGAUAUGAUGGUAAUUAAUUAAUUGAGCGAAUAUUAACUCAAUCGUCCACGAGGGUCUUUUUUUUUAUAGAUCUCCGAUAUACAAUAAGAACAUAAUCUCAUAUUUUCAUAUAGGUUAAUUUUUUUUUUUUAAUAUUUUAUGUUAAAUAUUUUCAUUAAAAUAAGAAUUAUGCAACAAAUUUCAUAAUACUCGUGAUUGGAUAAAUGGAUAAUACGAGUAUCUCACUCCACUUAUUACCUGAAAUGUAACGAUCUUUUUCUUUUGGUUUUUUAGAAAGAAUAAAAUUUAAUAUUACACAUUUUUGAAUAAA